AAAGUAGGUUCAAUGAAAUUUUAAUUCGCAUUUUUAUUCUACAAUGACAGGGAUGGACUUUUGACGUUACAUAAUUAAAAUGACACAAAUGUUUUAAACAGUUUAAAAUGAGACAAUGAGAUGAAACAUGUGUGAGGACAGAUAUUGCUGUAUUACAUAGCAGCAUUACAAGCUAGAUGUUGACUAAAGCAGUGACCAAAAAAAAAAAGAAGAUCUAUGGAAUAUUUGGAUAUUACGAAUUAAUGUACACUUGUUGAUAUAAUUCAGUCGAUACUGCUAAUUUAGAAUUUAUAUUACAGUGAGAAAAGGGAAUAAUAUGAAGAAAGAACACCAGUUUAAAACUUGAAGAGGACAUGAAAACGUUCGUGGACUGUUAAUGUGUUUUCCAGUAUCAUGGUAAUGAAGAGAAAUAUCGAAAAAAAUAAAAAGAUUGUUUUUUUCUAUGAAGGAAAUGAUAGUGAAAAAAAACCCUGUAACAUCAGUUGUGUGACUAUAUAGACGGUUAGACAUCUUUAAAAUCAUAUUAAAAUAUUUUUGUUAACAGUGGGUAAUAACUAACUUACCAGUGAUCGUUGAUAAACGGCGAAAUCUGCUACCGGCAAUGUGUUAAUCAGUCGAAACUUUCAAAGUUACAAAUAACAACUCCAAAGUUCGGUAACUAUGAAAAAAAAGGAUAUAAUAAUCACGUUCGUAUUGUUACAAUAGCAAGAGAUCUGCACAAUGAUAAAUGUGAAGCUUUGUUUCAGACUUUACAAAAAAAAACACUUUUACUUUAACUGUCUUUAACAAAAAAUGUAUCGGUUUAUAUAUUAUAAGUCAAUUCUGCUGAUAAAUCAAACGGUAUUUUGCAAUGUUUAGAUUACUAGACGUUUAUUUUAAGAAAUACCGUUCAGUGAAUGGAUGAUGAAAAUUGAAAACAGGAGAAAACAUUUUAAAGGAUACUUAUCUACGAAUUUUAAUGGGAUUUUUGAUGGAGUUUUGUGAUGAAUUUAUGCAAUGGAAGUUUCAAAUGGACCAUAAUUACUUACACUUUAACAGUUCUCGUUAUAUUUAAAGUAAUGAAUUUGAAUUAUGUAUUACAAAAAAAAGAUGUCACUGUUUUUUUUUAAAACGUAAAUGUGUAUGGAUAAUUUAAUUUGAAAGCAACCCUAAUUAGUGAACGCAGAAACAGUGGUAUACUGACCUUGACUGAGCAUUAACAACAAGGUAAAGAUCACCUGAAAAUAAUGAAAAUUGGUAAUUAUGUGAACCAGACAAAAAUGCAGAUUACUCCAGCAUUGGGUGGUUAAAACAUCCAUGUACAGGACACACAAAAACAAGGAUCUGGAAAAAUAAAGAAUAUGCAAGUGUUAAAGUCUGUUUUCAUAAAGUGUUUGAUGUUAGAUUAUAUCAUUAUAGAAACUAUCUGGAAUUUGUAAACAGACUGCCCUAGAGUUAUUAUGAGGAAGUGACUGUUUUAAUGAAUUAAUCUGAUUUAUAUACAUAUUGUGUGAAAUACUUAUAAAAUUCAAUUUUCCUAUUACCACACAUCUGUGGUUGAAAUGGGGCCGUUUGGUUAGGAAUAUUUUGGAGUUAUGUCCAUCUGUCAUUCUGAAGCCAGCGCCCAAAGAAAACGCCAAAAAAUGUUCGCGUUCACACCUCGAAGUGGAAAAAAAUAAUUAUCGUGCUAGUGUUGAAAGGAAGUGCACGCGACUUUAAUUAGGCAUUUACUUAAUGCAAUAAGUAAACUGCACGGUUCUGUGAUCAAACCAAUACUGAACGAUAGUUUUGGUUUUUUUUUACAGAGUCAACAACAGUCUUUCAUAUGCACGACAAGUGAAUUGGGAGACGUUCUGUGUUAUUACUGUAUUUGUGUGAAAUUGUUGAAUUGUGAUAAAGAAGAAAAAUACUGGAACAUUUUUUUCUGUCACCAGUAUGAAAAUGCAGCUGAACGCAGGCAUGUUUGUCGUGCACGUGGCGAUCACGUUACUACUCUGGAUGGACUUUUGCUCGGGUGUGAAAUGGUUAGCAUUGUAUAAAAAUCGUCAAAAGUCAUGGUCUAACUCAAAAGACUGCAAGAAAUCGUAUGGUCUGUCAUCAGACCAAUUGAAGAUUUGUCAACAACAUCUUGACCUCAUGAGUACCGUAGCGCUUGCUUCAUAUAAAGGAAUUGAUGCUUGUCAGAGACAAUUUAUGGACAGACGCUGGAAUUGUUCCUCAAUCACAUCUGCGCCUAAACUGACAAAAGAUUUAAAACGAGGGACACGAGAGCAAGCCUUCGUUUAUGCAAUCGCCUCAGCAACAUUGAUGCAUUCAAUUGCACGUGCAUGCAGCGUUGGUAUAACAACAAAAUGCUCGUGCGGAGCGUUACCAAAUGAGGCCCCAACAGGAGAAUAUAAAUGGGGUGGAUGCGGAGAUGAUGUGGAUUAUGGACUUAGAUUUAGUGAACAAUUUACCUCCUAUCAUACUUUAAAAAAUUCAAAAAGAAAGAAAACUAUGAUGAACACUCAUAAUAUAGCGGCUGGUAACAAGGUUGUUGUAGAUAGUUUAACAACUGCGUGUAAAUGUCACGGUGUAUCUGGGAGCUGUUCUAUCAAAACUUGCUGGCGAUCUUUGUCAGACUUUAAUAAAAUUGCCGAAACUCUUAAAGACAAAUAUGGAAUGGCAAUUGAAGUGAAACGGAAGCGCAAGAAAGGAAAACAUACAUUUUCACCAAUUAAUAAGAAAGUUGAUUCAAUUCCUAUAGACGAAUUAGUUUAUAUUCAAAAGUCACCAGACUACUGUUCGCCGGACAGAAAAAUGGGUUCCAUCGGGACGCAAGGGAGGUCGUGUGACCCGGAGAGCAACGGGCCUGGGGGUUGUGAUAUUAUGUGUUGUGGGCGGGGUUAUGACUCCAGUGACGUGCAAAUUGUGAGACGGUGCGAGUGUAAAUAUUACUGGUGUUGUUAUGUUAAGUGUAAAACGUGUUCAGAAAUGGUCCGAGUUCACAGAUGCCGAUAAUACUCCUUGUGAUGCAGUAAAUGUAUCAAUUGUGUCAAUUGACUCCUGCCUCUACAGAAAUCCGGGUAUACAGGGGUGAUAAGGAUGAGUAGAAACUGAUGCUAUGAGAACGGUUGUGAUAUUUUUUCCGAGAUUAUUAAUUUUGACUAUGGCAGGACUGUUAAGUGAUAUAGCUAUACAAGGGAGACAAUUCGGUCUUCCUUUGGUCUUGUACCAGGAACAGUUGUUGGUUUUUGUGAGGUUACUCCUACUGGUAGUACAUCAACUAACUUUCAUACGAGAUACCUUGAAAGUGAGUGGAAAGCCGGAAUGUAGGCCCUGCCCGUAUGGAACCCUCGUAUGUCAUGGACUAGUGCUAACUCAUCUUUUACGUGAGAUUGUUUAUUACAAUAAAUAAGAAAUGAAUGGCAUAACUGAUUCAUAUGAAACACCAACAUGUAAACAAUAUAUGUAUACGUGUAUUAAUGUUAUACGUGCAUCGGUAUUUUUGAGAACAAAAUUGUCACUGUAAAUUCUGUAACAAAUGUUUCGUUACGCCAAAAGUACGGAAACAUUAGAAAGACACCUUGAAAUAUUUUUGUUUGUUUAGGCACUGUUUAAACGUUCAUGGGUGCGCAUGUGCAAAUGUCACCUUCAAACUCACGUGAAAAACUUCAUCCAGAAUGGCGUAUUCACGGGGAAAAGACGUUAAAAUUGUUUGAAAUAUUUUAAUGAUUUUAUGCGUGUUAACUUAAACACCGAAUGAACAACAAAAAAUGAUUAAGAAAAAUUCUUUCCCGUCAGAAACUCACCCAUUGCGAUUUAGUGGACUCGUGCCUUAUUUCCUUACAAUUAUGAGCAGCUGUAGUAACCAACAACUGUGGUAUCUAUAGUUAGAACAUUGUAUAAUAAUAAUAACAAUAAUAAUAAUAACAAUAAUAAUAAUGACUAAAUUUGAGUGCGAAUCGAACUGCUAUAAAUCUGUGAAUAAACAAACCCUAUGACAAAGAGUUAUAAAACUGAAUUAAUUUUACGAAAUUUUACAAAUAUAUUUCAUUAAAUUUCUGGAAAUAUGUUCCAUCAUCCAACAAAAGCACUGUGACAAAAUGUUGAAAUAUGAUGAAAACUGCUUUAUUUGUUGAGUUAAAAGUGUCAACAAUUGAACAACUUUAUAGUAAAAACUUGUAGGUGCCUUUUCACUAACUUCUCAUUUACUUUAUAUUCAUUUUUGAACUUUAUGUUUAUUUAUAUUAUCGUUUGUUUUGUGUUUUAUGUAAAUAGUACUUGUUGUACAUUUAAUAAAGUGUACAUAAUGUU